AUGCUAGUAGCUCUAACACUACAGUAUUUUCUCUCUGUAGGUCAUUGUCCCUUCUCCACAUGUCACUUCUAUGAGUACCACUUCAUUGAAGAGACUAAGACCUGGGAUGAAGCUAAGUCGUACUGUAGAGAGAAGUAUACUGACCUGGCGACAGUGUAUAACAUGACAGACAUAAAGAGACUCCGUAACUUAGCGGCUCAAACUAAAGCCUGGAUUGGGUUGUACAACAACAAAACAGGAGAAAAGGAGUGGCACUGGUCUCUACCUGGAGUGGAGUACAAUGAAACACACACACUAUGGAAAGAAGGGGAGCCGAAUGAUGUCAAGGGUAGUGAGAACUGUGUUUCGAUGAACACUGCGCUUAAAUUGUACGAUUUUCCAUGUAAACAGGCAAAGUCAUUCAUCUGCUACGAUGAAAGCUCAAGUGAUAAAUACCAUUUGAUUAAUAAGGAUAAAAAAUGGACACAGGCUCAGAGCUACUGCAGAGAAUAUCACACAGACCUGGUCAGUGGAGAACGCCAGUUACAAGAUGUUGAACUAACAGAAGAAAAGAACAUGACCAAAGAAAAACAAUUGUGGAUCGGCUUGUUCAGAGACACCUGGACUUGGUCAGAUGGGAGCAUUUUCUCUUUCAGACACUGGGAUCAUGAGUCAUUUAGAGAUGGAAAAGGUCCAAACAAAUGUGUUCUUUUAAAGACAUCAGGAAAAUGGGGCACUGAUCAAUGUCAUGAAAGAAAACCCUUCUUCUGCUAUAAAGACAAAUUGAUCCUGAUCCAACAAAACAAGACCUGGGUGGAGGCCUUCGAUUACUGCAGAGAGAAACACCGAGACCUGGUCUCCAUCACUGACGUUCACCAGCAGAGAUGGGUCCAACAGAGAGCCAAGAACGCCUCAUCUCCUUUUGUCUGGCUGGGAAUGCGCUACACCUGCACUCUGGGUUUCUGGUUCUGGGUGAGUGACGAGACAGCUGACUAUUCGAACUGGGAGUCAGAAGAAAAGACAGAUGACUGUGACCUUUCUGGAGCCAUGGAGACAGGAGGACAAUAUAAGUGGAUCAAAAAAAUGGAUAGCGAGAAGUUUAAUUUCAUCUGUUCUGAUUUUUAAAACUCACUCCACUCACUUAAAAUUUAAAAUUCAUUUCCUCCAUUUGUUCUUGUUGGUGCUGAAGAAGCUUCCACUUUAUAUGUUUUCUGGGUUUAUUGAAGGGCUUUCUGGGAACUGUAGGAAUCACAAUCUUGGGAGGACAGACACAAAAUUACUAACUUACUAAAUUCAUUGAAGAUUGCAAAUAAAAAUAAAAUUCAAUUACAAAGCAAUUGAUGACUAGGGAGAUUUACAACUAUAAUUCCAUCUGAAAUAAUCAUGUAAACAUAUUUUUCACUGUCUUUGUCACACCUGGUGAAAUUACAUUGAUCGUUUGUAUAUAUUACUUAUUUCCAUAAGUGUUCUUCUCUUUCUUGCUAUUUCAGGUUCAAUUUUUAUCCUAUUUCAAUUUUAUUUAAUUUUUUAAUAUAGCACUGAAUACUGGUUAUAAUAUUUUUUAAAGAGACUCACCGUUCCCCUACGAGCAAGCACUUGCAAACAGUGGCAAGAAGAAACUCUUUCUGAUAGGUAGAAACCUUGAGCAGAACCAGGCACAUCGUGGGCAGCCGUCUGUCUCGACUGUAAUCUAAAACUUUGUUUUAAAUUUAGUCAUUUAAAACUUAGUUUUCUCUCACAUCAGUAUAUAAGGUAAUCUGCUUACAAGAGACAACAGGAAUGAAACACCAGUCUAUAUUCAUGUUUUAUUUUUUGAUGUUGUGCUUAAGAUCCAGUAACAUCAUGUAAAAUCACAUUAUGUUAUCAUAGCAGUUUUUGGAGUUUUGUUUAAAUGGAUAAGUGAUUUCUCUGCUGUUGAAACUGUU